UGCUCCACUCUGCAAACACCAGAGUAACUAUAAGUUAUCCUUUCUUUUGAACAUUCUACAUAUAUCAAGUAUUAUACAACGUUGUAUAUAUUCAUCAUCACCACCACCACCACCAACAUCAUCACCACCACCAUAAUUCUCUUUCUCUUAGUUUAUUUUUUUUGUUUUUGAUAUUUUUUCAUUUACCCCUGCCAAGUUUACCAUUUCUGCGACUAUUUUCUGCACCUAACACUCUUUCUACCACGUUGAAGAAAUCACAAAGUCUCUUCCUUCUUUUCUUCCUACUCCUACUACUCCUUCACCUUUUUCUUUAUACAAUAUUCACAAGUUUUUUAUCCCUCCUCCAAAUACACAGUCUUUUUAUUCUUAUUAUUAUCAUCAUCAUCAUCAUCCUUCUUCUUCUCUAUCACCAUCACCGAGGAAAAGGGCACCAAGACAGAAUUGGAUUUUGUCUGUCCACUGUUGUAUCAGCAGGAGCAUUAGACAGGAGCCUGUCUUGCUCAGGAACAAUUGCCAACAUCAACAAUUUAUUAAAUUAAUGUUUUUUUUUUUUUUUUAAAUUUAAUUUAAACUCAAGUUUAAAUCAGUGAUAAUAAUUUUUUUUUUUCAUUCAAAUUAAUUUGUGGUAAAAUAUUUUAUCUUAUUAUUAUAAUUUUUUUUCAACUUGAAAAUUAAAUUCUUUAAGUUUCAUUUAGACUUUGUGACUUUGUGUGAUUUAAUAAAUCAAAGUGUGAUUAUUGUGAACAAGACAUUUUGAUGAGUAUCAUGGAUGGAAAGAUACAAUCAUUUUGGAGCACGGUGACGUGGAUCCUUAUAAUAAGCAGCAACAUCAACAAUUCUUGGGCAACGAGUAUUGAAUUGCCAGAGGUAAUGGAACGAGCAAGUGCUGAAUCAAUUAUAGAAGAUACAACAGAAGAUUAUUGGGCUGGUAGUGGUGCUGGUCCUGAGGAUGAUUUACAAAUAAAUCGAACGGAAACACGAGAGUCCUUGACACACGAAGCAAGUGAUCAAGAUACCGUUGUAUAUGUUGGUGAAGGUGGAUCAUAUGUACCAGUUCCAUCAUUAAAAAGUCGAUUACCAAGUACAAAUCUUCAAACAUUACAAACACUACAAACAUUACCAACUGGUGGAGCUAAAAAUUCUGGUGCAACUGGUACAAAUACUGAUGUUGAUGAAUGGGGAAGACAUCCAGAAACGUGGGAUCGAGAACAUCGUAGAUAUCGUCCCAAUACAACACGAGUUCAACAUAUCGAAGCAGAGUGUCAGGAUGACUACAUGAAGAUAAGAAUUGGUUUUAAUGGAUCUUUUGCUGGUCUAUUGUAUUCAGCUGGCUACUCUUACGAUCCCGACUGCAUGUACGUCAAUGGUACUGGAAGGGAUUAUUACGAGUUUUAUAUUCAGUUAAAUCGUUGCGGCACUCUUGGUGAAAAUACUCAUCAUCAGGAUAGCAGAAAAAAUCCAACGAAAAAUCUCAUGUGGAAUACAGUUACAGUACAGUAUAAUCCACUUAUUGAAGAAGAGUUUGAUGAACAUUUUAAAGUAACAUGUGAAUAUGGCUAUGAUUUUUGGAAAACUGUGACAUUUCCAUUUUUAGAUGUUGAGGUUGCAACAGGAAAUCCAGUUGUUUUUACACUUCAACCACCAGAAUGUUAUAUGGAAAUAAGAUAUGGUUAUGGAACAACUGGUACAAGAGUAGCUGGACCAGUUAGAGUUGGUGAUCCAUUGACUCUUAUUAUUUAUAUGAGAAGUAAAUAUGAUGGUUUUGAUAUUGUUGUUAAUGAUUGUUAUGCUCAUAAUGGUGGUAACAAAAAAAUUCAACUUAUUGAUCAGUAUGGUUGUCCAGUUGAUGACAAACUUAUCAGUAAAUUUCGUGGUUCAUGGUCAGAGAGUGGAUUAUUUGAAACUCAAGUAUUUGCAUAUAUGAAAACAUUUAGAUUUACUGGUUCACCAGCACUUUAUAUUGAAUGUGACGUGAGAAUGUGUCACGGAAGAUGUCCAAGUCAACCUUGUCAUUGGAGAAAUUCUAAAAAUGUUGCUAAAAGAUCAUUGGCUAUUGAUGGUCCAACAACACCAGCAACAAGUCUAUCAGAAAAUGUUAAUUUAUUUCAAUCACUCAGAGUACUUCAAGAGGGUGAAGGAGAACCAGAAGUUUUUCAAAAUGCAACAGCAUCAUCAUCAUCAUCUUCAUCAUCAUACAGUGGUAUUAGUGAAAGCAGUCCAGCUGGCGAUCGUGUAUGUUUAAGAUCAUCAGUUGUUAGUACAAUUGUUGGUCUUGGUUGUGCAUUUAUUUGCGUGAUGAUUGGUACAUUAUUGAUUCUCUGUUCGAGAAUACGACGUGCAAGUAGAGAAAAAUUAUUGAGUGACAGCUUAAGCUACAUGACACACAAGGGACGAAUCAAUUAAUUAUCAUCCAGACAACGUAUCAUUUGCACUGAAUAACUAUACUGAAAAUAAUUAUACCGAGUCGUCGUUAAUAUUAUUUUUUUUUUCUUUUUUCUUUUUAUAUUUUCUUAGGGAAAAAAGAAAAAAAACAAAAUCACAACAAACAACUAGUGAUGUUGUUGGAUGAGUGACUGAACGUGUAUAUCUACACGCAAGGAGAAAACGCUAAUUACGAUUAUUUGAUUAAGGUUUCGAGUUUGCCAUUUUUUAUUUUUUUUUUUUCCAAGUAAAUGGCUUACUCGAAAGAAAUCAUGAUAAAAUCGACUCACUUUACUAAAG